CUUCUCUCCUUAACUUACGCCUCGUACUAAAAUCUCGCCUUGAACGGUUCUCCUGAUGAGUGGACUAGCCGACGAACUCCUCGCUGACAUUGACGAUCUGUCGGACGGUGAUGCUGAGGAGUCCCCCACACCAGCUGCGCCCUCCACGAGUAACAGCACCAACGGACUGAAGAGAAAGGCUGUCGAGGAUGCAGACAUGUCAGAGGCAGAGGAAGACGCCGAGGGCGAAGAAGCCGAAGCAGACGAAACCGGUGGACUAGUCCUCGAAGGCGGGAUGAAGCCCGCAGACGAACUUGAUGCAGAGGAUGUACAGCAAAUGGACUUGGGAGGGAUCGAGGACGUCGACGCUGUAGCGAAGCUAGAAGGCAGUAAACGAAUGGCAGACAUAUUAAAGGAAAUUGAGAAAUACCAAGCCAAUCCCAGUACACCGGAAGCGAUGUCAUUACCCGCCCAUCUGAACCCGGAAUACACUCUCAUCGUACAAGCAAACAAUUUAUCCGUGGAUGUAGACAAUGAAAUUCUCGUGGUACACAAGUUCAUACGCGACCAUUAUGCGGCGAAGUUUCCAGAGUUGGAGCAGCUCGUUCCAGACCCUGCACAAUAUGUUCGCGCGGUUCGCGUUCUCGCCAACACAGAGGACCCCACAAAAGCUGACCUUGCAGGUGUUCUUCCGCCUGCAGUGGUCAUGAGUGUGCUCAUAACUGCAACAACAACAAGCGGUCAAACACUCACUGACGCUCAGUGGGCUGCUGUCGAGAAAGCCUGUGACCUCGCAGACAAACUUGAGGAGGCGCGUAAAAAGAUUUUCAUGUACGUCAGCUCAAGAAUGAAUGUUCUGGCACCAAAUCUUUCAGCCAUCGUUGGUACUACUACAGCUGCAAAAUUACUCGGUGUGGCAGGCGGCCUCGGUCCCCUCGCCAAAAUGCCCUCAUGUAAUGUCCAUCUGCUGGGUGCUCAGAAGAAAAUGACUAUAGGUUUCUCGUCGUAUACUCAACGGCGGCACACUGGAUUCGUCUACCAGUCUGACUUGAUCCAGCAGACGCCAGCUGAAUACCAACUCAAGGUUCAGCGGACAGUCGGAGCGAAAUCCGUUCUGGCUGCACGUAUGGACCUUGAACGGACACGAAGAGACGGUUCAUAUGGGGAAGAGCUUCGAGAAAAAAUAGAAAAACACAUCGAUCGGCUGGCAGCUCCACCACCUGCUAAAACCACAAAGGCACUUCCCAUACCUAACGAUGGACCGAAGAAACGCAGAGGUGGCAAGCGAGCACGCAAAGCGAAAGAAGCAUAUGCACAAACGGAACUCCGGAAGCUGCAGAACCGGAUGGCAUUUGGUGAGGCUGAGGAGGAGGUUGGCGCCUUCGAUCAGACUAAGGGUCUGGGAAUGAUUGGUGUUGGGACGGGUAAAGUCCGGGCUGGUAUGGGAGAGGCGAAGAGUCGUGCCAAACUCUCGAAGGCGAACAAGUUACGUACUGCAGCACUUACGCGUGCUGCACAGGGUGGGUCGUCAACGUCCGGAACAGCAACAUCGCUUACGGUCACACCUGUGCAAGGCUUCGAGCUAACAAAUAGGGCUGCUGCUGCUCAGCGAGUGAAGGAAGCAAACGAGCGCUGGUUUGCAUCUGGGAAUUUCUCAUUCGUGGGACAGAAAGGCACCAGCAGCAGGAUAUAAGGCUGGGCAUUCGUCUUAUCGAUUAUCUUAAGCACAUUAUGUAGCUUCGGUCGCACUGGGCAACAC